CGUACCGUUUCAUUAAAGAAACGACGAAGUGGACGUAGGGCAACUAAAUUCCAAUUCGGAACCUAAAACCCCUGUUAGCUCAGCCCUAACUUAGUCAGUCACCGGAGAGUUAUGCUGUGACCUUUGUAAUUGUAGCUAUGGAGGGAAUACAGAAGAUGAUUCGCAAUGUUACAAAAGACUCAAAUUUGGGGUCGUCUUCAUCAUUUGAAGCAUCUCGUUUGAGCGAAGGACUCUCUUCCGCCUUAUCUUCUUCAGACCAGCCCCGCGUUCUGGUCACCAGAUCUUCCAGCCGGGUGGUGUCACUGUGGACAUGCUCAAAACUUUGUGCUAUAUGUUUUACUGUUGGAGUAGUUGUGGGUUACACUCUGAAGCGUCGAGUACGACGCUGGGCUUCUAAGCUUCUUAAGCGGUUGAAAGAUGAAUGAACACUAUUAUUUGAUCCUCUUUAUGAUGUUCAGUUCUAAGUUUACUUUAACAAUUAGAUUGUUCUCUUAAUUGUAAACAUUUACGUAACAAAAACAUGCGAUUUGGAUACAGUUUUUCUUGUUAUUUAUCAUUAGAGCGGUUUACUGGUGAUUUUUGGUUACUCUUUUUUUUUUUUAUCUAUAUAUACUAAUAAAUUAAUAAUGUGAGGUCGAGGAUAAGUUUAAGCAAUUAUCUCCUCAUCAUUCUCUACUCAAGCUUUUAUGUUGUAAUUUUUAGCCUCGGAUUGGAUCAUAAAAUAUAGAUUGUUUUAAUGAUGACAAAGCUGAGCUUUUC